UGUGGAGGUAAGUUCUAAGGCAGGUUUUAGCAUUUGAAAAUUGUUUCAAACUUUAAAUAGAAGAAUUGACAAUCAUCCUUGUUAUAGCGUGCGGUGUGGUGUGACACAAUGUUUGAUUAGUGUCGGUGUGUCAAUCUAGCAAAAACAAGUGAUUUAGAUGGAGCACUUUUUAUUUUCUUAAAAUUAAAGAGGGAUUCAAAUCACUUUUUAUUUACUCACCGAUGGCUCUGAAGCUCGCUACCACUUUCCCCAUCUCUGCCUCCAAUGCCGACCAAUCAUCCCGGAGGCCCACCGGAAAGCCCAACAAAAACCCAUCAAAGCCCAAAGUGGACCCACAAUCACACCCAGCACUUAAGUUUUCAAACAUACCCAAACAGAAACUAAAACCAGUAAACAAAACCCCCGAAAAUGUAAAAAUUAGCGAAGACGGAGUCUCCUACGUAAUCGAAGGUGCUCCAUUCGAAUUCAAAUACAGUUACACCGAAACUCCUAAAUCCAAACCCGUUCAAAUGCGUGAACCUCCUUUUGUUCCCUUUGGACCGGUUACUAUGCCCAGACCUUGGACCGGUCGGCCUCCACUUCCGCCGAGUAAGAAGAAGCUCAAGGAGUUUGAUUCUUUUGUUCUUCCCCCGCCACAUAAGAAGGGUGUUAAACCGGUUCAGUCUCCCGGUCCGUUUUUGCCCGGGACUAGCCCGAGGUAUGUGAUGUCUAGAGAAGAAGUGUUGGGUGAACCGUUGACGAAGGAGGAGAUUAAUGAGUUGGUUCGAAGUACCUUGAAAUCUAGUCGCCAACUCAAUUUGGGUAGAGAUGGUUUCAUACAUAACAUGUUGGAUAAUAUACAUGCUCAUUGGAAGCGUCGAAGGGUGUGUAAGAUCAAGUGCAUAGGAGUGUGUACGGUUGACAUGGAUAAUGUGUGCCAGCAAUUGGAGGAAAAGACAGGAGGGAAAGUCAUUUACAGAAGAGGUGGUGUUAUAUACCUUUUCCGAGGAAGAAAUUACAAUCAUAAAACACGUCCGCGUUUUCCUCUCAUGUUGUGGAAACCUGUGCCUCCAGUAUAUCCUAGGCUGAUUCAGCAAGUUCCAGAAGGUUUAACGUUAGAAGAAGCAACUGAAAUGCGUCAAAAGGGAAGGACAUUGACUCCCAUAUGCAAGCUAGGAAAAAAUGGUGUUUAUUAUAACCUUGUAAACAAUGUUAGAGAGGCAUUUGAAGAGUGUGAACUAGUACGUGUAAACUGUCAAGGACUAAAUAAAAGUGACUAUCGAAAGAUUGGAGCAAAACUAAGGGAUCUUGUUCCGUGCACAUUGCUUUCAUACGAAAAUGAGCAUAUACUUAUGUGGAGAGGACGGAAUUGGAAGUCCUCUUUUCCAGAUCUCGUAGAGGACUUCAAGGAAGCCACUAAAGCUGAUGCUGACAACAAAAAUGACAAAACACUGCAGUCAGAAGCCCUAGAUGUCUCAACACCAAGUCUAAAUCAUAAUCCCGUGGAGCAUGUAAGCAAUUUAUCACAUGACACUAGCAUAUCCUUUUGUCCAGAUGAUGUGACUGUGGAUAAGGUUCCCUGUCCCACCAAAAAUAGCAAGCAAUCUAUGUCGGUGGUUGCUGAUGCUUCACUUACAAAAGUCUAUGAAGCUGAAACCACAAAUGUUGCCACAGAUUCCUAUGGUGAGCCAGAAUCUUGCAGCAACACCAGCCCAGGUAUGACCAUUUCACAUGAUAGUAGGCACACUGAAUGCCCCUCAAACGCUAUCAGUGAUAGCCAUGGAACUUCGGAUAUAAUGGAUGACAAAGGCUUUGGUGAUUGUCUUUCUACUUCAAUUUCAGGAUCAAAUGCAAUGCUAGGAUCUAGAAACAGUAAUAUCUACGGCACAGUGGAUCCUCACGCUGAUGAGUUGCUAAAUGAUUCAGGAGCUGCUGAUGUCAGUCCGCUACCAAGGGCAGCUGCCCCUUUUAUGAAAGGAAUUUCAUUGCUAUUGGAGCAAGCUGUUGAGCAAGGCAAUGCACUUGUUUUAGAUAAAGAUUCUUUGGAUGCAGACAAUGUUUAUCGAACCACAGUUUCCUUUGCACAAUCAGCUCCACCUGGACCUGUUUUUAUGAAACAUAGAAAGGUUGCGGUUCAAAAAAGUGACAAGCAAGAAGCUCUGACUCCGGAGACAAGAGAAACUACCACUGUUACCACAAAAGGUACCACCGUUGCCACAAAAGGUAAAAGGGAGAGGAGUCCUAGAAUUCGAAGAAAAGAAAAUUUUGAUGAGCGGUUUAUGAACCUUGUACCGCAAGGAACAUUAGGAGUUGAUGAACUUGCUAAACUACUAACAUGAUACUGGCUGGAAUUAUGAUGCCAUCAGAGUGUAUUUUUUCCCAACUGAACCUUACUUAGUGCAUCUUUUAACAGUAAAAUAUUAAGUUUGAUUCUGCUGUCUCUGUCCUUUGCACUACUUUUGUUAUUAUUCGUAUAUUAUUAUCUUAAUAUUCUAGGUUGCCAAUGGCUA